AUGAUGAAGUUUAUAUCCAGUUUAAUGUCAAGAUUAUUACAUGCAUACGCCGAUUCAAAAACCAAUAGUAAUUCGUCCGAAGAGGCGACCAUUAAAUCUGUACCACGUGAGGUGUUUACAGAGAUCUUAGCGAAAGUUGCAUCUGCAUCUUUAGCCGAUCACUUCAACGCAAACCAAAGUUGUAAGCUUUUCCAUGAAGCUGGAUGCGAUAAUCUCAUCUUUCAACAUGCCUCUGUCGAAGAACUACCAAUAACCCAAUGGUACCCGAAGCCCGAGGUUUCUACAUUCUUGAAACAAUGUGAAGAAGCGCAGAACCCAGAAGUUCUGUAUAGGCAAGAAGAUGUUCUCGGAGGAAAACAGUUACUGACACAAAAAAGCAGGUGCAUGGGAAAGAGAUCAAGAAGUGGAGAGAUUGAAGAGUGUCGAAAGAAAGCAAAGAAGAGUAUUGGUGGAAUGUGGAUUCCUCCAGCUAUCAAAAUGGUAAUUGAGAUGCUAACUAGUCAUGCUUUGAAGGCUCAAAUGCCAGAGCAAAUAUGGGAAUCCAAUAUGUUCAGGCUUCUCCAGUAUACGUAA